AUGGCCGAAGUGGCCCCACGCCAACACUGCACGCCCCAUCGAGUCGUCGGGCGGGAGAUUCCCAUAUCAACUUUGCCAGUCCCCAUCUUCCAACACGCGACCGGCUUCAGAGCGUUCGAGGUGGGCCUUGACACGUUUAACUCGCCUGUCAAUGAGAACGGCGUGUUCGCGUUCGAUCGCAUCAUCAAGCAUGGGGAGGUGCUGAAGCGGACGAGGAAGACCAAGUCCUGGAAGUCCGUCUUUCUGGUUCUGCGACCAAACGUACUCUCUAUCUACCGCGAUAAAGAGGAAACGAAGUUGCGACACCGGAUCCUACUCUCAGACCUCACGGCGGUCGCGCGACAGAGGGAUCGCAAGAGGAAGGACAAGCAGCAUGUCUUUGGAUUGUUCUCGCCUUCACGGAAUUACCACCUCGAAGCGCUGUCAGAUGAGGAUGCACAGGAAUGGGUGGAGGUCAUAAGGAGGGAGGCGCGGAUUGACAGGCAUGAGGAGGAGCUGAUGCUUUCGAGCCCGGGCGGCGCGAACACAAGUCAAUACCAGGGCUUCGAACGAAGUAUCGACGCGCAGAUCAGUGCUGGCGCGGAAGAGAGAAGUCCACAAACAGCAGGCUACGCGAGCUCUUCGGAUGCAGACGCUCUGGUGUCGGGCUAUGCGCUACCCAGAAGUCGCACGCACACGCAGGACAGCACUCUGCCCCGCCCUCCCGCUCGCCAACCAUCCUUCGCAGAAUACUCCGGCGCUGAGAGGACUUCGAUGUCUGACUUCUCGGACACCGCAGGUCCUGCAGCGCGCCUCUCCACCUUAUCGCUCGCGCAGACGAUCGACCCGCGCCCUUCCACGAGCUCCACCCAGCCAGUGCCAAAUACCAUCUACGGCACCUCCGCCCCUGCGCGACCAAACGCCGGGCCUAGAAAUCCCAGCCAGCUCUCCACCCUCCGCACACUCGACCUCGACAACCCAGAGCGCGUCCUCUACCUCUGCUGGGCGUACCUCCUCAAAUCCAAAUCUGGCGUGCGCCAAUGGAAGAAGGUGUGGGUCGUCAUUCGACCUUCGGGUAUGGCACUGUACAAGAAUGAGGAAGAGUACGCGGCGUUGCUAGUGCUGAGUAUUGGAGACAUGAUCGAUGCGGUGGAGAUUGACAACAUCAGCAAGAGCAAGACGUGGUGUAUGCAGAUUUUGACCGAGGAGAGGAAUUAUCGGUUUAGCUGUGGGGAGGAGGAGGUGGUGACGAGGUGUUUGGGCGCGUUGAAGAGUUUGAUCAGUAAGAGGAAGGCGAGGAGGAAGGAGAUGGAGGCUGCUGCUGCUGCUCAAGCGGCGGCGUCGACGUCGUAG